AUGCCCGGUCAGACCGCCCAGAGGCAAUUCCGCUUCUUGCCGUUCAUGGCUGGCCUGGAUCCUUUUGGGAGUUUAGCCAAGUAUGGGGGACCGUUGUCUAACCCAACCGACGCGAACGACCCGGCUUUCCAUGUCGUUGCGCCCAGUAUGCCGGGCUUCUGCUGGUCCUCUUGGCCGCCGCGGUCGGGGUGGAAGCUCCAAGACAACGCUCGCGUCUUCGACAAACUCAUGAAGGGGCUUGGGUACAAUGAAUACAUGGUUCAGUGUGGCGACUGGGGUCAUUUCGUCGGACGCGAGCUGGGUUCCAAGUACACCGACUCUUGCAAGCUUGUGCACUGCAACUUCGCCCCCAGUCCCAUGCCAGAUGGUGUGGAAUACACUGAUCGCGAGAUGAGGGUUGCCGGGCGCAAGCAAGACUGGCUUCAGAAUCACAUAGGCUAUGCUGUCGCCAUGAGAACUCGGCCUCAUACGAUUGGCAUAGCGUUGCAUGAUAAUCCCAUGGGUAUCCUCAUGUGGGUGGGCGAGAAGUACAACGAGGUCGCAAACCCUGAGAAUCAAGCCAAACCGUUCUGGACAAAGGCGAUUUUGACGACGGUAUCGCUUUAUUUCUUCACCGGCUGCAUCUUGCCUUCAAUGCUGCCUUACUACGAAAGCCCAUCCCACGAGGACUUUAAUAGGUUUGUCAUGCAAGAGGAAAACCGUAUUAGAGUUCCUUUUGGGUACACGUCUUUCCUCUUUGACACUGAGCCGGCAUCAAGACGGGCGGUUGAGCGGACGGGCAACUUGGUAUUCUACAGAGAACGUGAUAAUGCCGGGCACUUUGCAGCACUUGAGCAUCCCGAUGGUUUAAUGCAAGAUGUACGGGACCUGGUCAAGCAGUCCUGGAAACCAGUGGCGAACAUUACAACCCCUGCGCCCCCUGCCACAGGUCUGAGGCUUUCUUCGAACCGAGUAAACAACCAGAUUCGACCAGAGUAUCGCUCCGGAGGGCUGGAGUAG